AUGCAUGUCUCCCAAGGUGACCAACAGCCUUCAAGAAAGGCUUCAAAGAUCCAUCCCCAGACUGUCGUAUCCCGCUUCUGGUCGCGGUAUCACAGCAAGGCCCCCGGUAAGGUCACCUCCAUCUUCCCCCAGAAGCUCUACCGCGACCUCGCCGUCGGGGCCGACUCCCCCCGAGAGCAAGGCCGGAAUGCCGCCCAGAGCUAUGAAGAGGCCCGCUCGCGGUGUCUCGACAUGGUCCGCGUGGCCGUCGCCCAGUGUGAGAGCACAAAUACCAAGUUCUGUGAUUCCGAGUUCGACAUUGACACCGACCUCUUCUGCCGGAAGUUCGACUGCCUGCUCGGCCUGGAGACCACCUGCCACCAACAUGACUCCGACGACUCGUCUGACGAUUCGUCGUCGGAUGACGAGCGACCCCGCCGCUCCAGGUCGGUGAGGCGCUCGCUGAAGACUAUCCUAAACAGCGGGAUCCUCGCCGACGCCGUCGCGCCGGUCAAUCUCAAACACCUGGAGACCUACAUGAAUGCGGGCAACUCACCCCCCGCCCCUACAACCUACAGACCGCGGGCGGUUCAUCGGGUAGACUGGGUAUUCGAGAACCCCCAGUUCACCGUCGACGGCUUCUCCAGCUCUGACAUCAAGCAAGGGGCUGUUGGUGACUGCUGGUGGCUCGCCGGGGUGGCUAACAUCGCCCACCGCCGAGAUCUCAUGGACAAGAUCUGCGUUGCGCGCGACGAGGAAUGCGGUGUCUACGGCUUCGUCUUCUACAGAGACGGCGAGUGGAUCUCGACCGUUAUUGAUGACAAUCUCUAUUUGACCUAUGAGGACUUUGGUCACAGCUUUAAUGUGCACGAUCCGAGCGGGAAGAGGUCGCGUACGCAUAAAAAGGAGAGGCAGACUGGUUCAGAGUCAUUAUUCUUUUCAAAGUGUGAGAAUGAGAAUGAGACGUGGCUCCCAUUGCUGGAGAAAGCGUACGCAAAAGUCCACGGUGACUACGAGUCGAUAAACGGAGGCUGGCCUGGCUACGCCGUUGAAGACCUCACAGGUGGUGUAAUGACGGUGGUUCCAGGCAACCGGGUCCUGCGCAAGGAGAAGCUCUGGCGUGAGAUGACGGGAGUCGACAGGAGCGACUCCGAGUUCGUCUUCGGGUUGACGGCUAACAGCGAGUCUUACACCACUACGAAUAGGAAUGGACUUGUUCUGGGCCACGCAUACUCUAUUCACAAGGCUGUCGAGAUUGAAGAUGAAAGCGGAAAGAAGGUCCGGCUCAUCAAAGUCAGAAACCCAUGGGGCGAGAGGUCGAACAACGGUCUGGGAGAGUGGCAUGGCCCCUGGUCAGAUGGAUCCAAGGAAUGGACUCCAGAGAUGAUCAGGAGGCUCAACUACUCAUUCGCAGAUAACGGCAACUUCUGGAUGACGUUUGAAGACGUGUUGAGCAACUUCAGAUGGAUCUUCCGAACGCGUCUCUUCGACGAAAGGUGGACGGUCGCCCAGCAAUGGAUAAGCUCGCCGGUCAGUUGGGUAACUGGCUUUCUGAGGAAAAAGUUCAUUGUUGAGAUCAAGAGAGAAGGGCUUGUUGUCAUUGUUUUAUCCACGCUCGAUGACCGCUAUUUCCGCGGCCUCGCUGGGCCCUACACGUUUUUCCUCGAGUUCGUUGUUCGCCAGCUUGGGUCCCCUCUAGCUUUGGCCGAAGCCAAAUGCGCUCGCGGAAUCUCCGAAAAGCGUUCCGUCAACUGCGAAGUUCAUCUCAAGCCAGGAGUAUACGAGGUCCUCCCCAGGGUCACAGCCGAGCGACACCCUUAUAAGAGAACCGUCGAGGAAGUGGUCAAGGAUUUCGCAGAUAUCAACCCCCAGAAGCUGCGACAGGUCGGGAUGCAGUAUGAUCUAGCACACUCCAAGACUGGUGUUCUGGACGAGGAUGAAGCGCAAGAACAGAAGAAGUCUCAGAGGAGGCGAAAGAAGAAGGAGCAAAAGGCUAAGCAGGAGAAGCUCAAGGAUAUGAAGGAGGCCAUGGAGAAAAUGCAGCAGGCAAUGGCUGGGAUGCAGGACGAGCUAAGCAAGAAGAAGGGAGAGUGGGAGAGGGGGGCCGAAAAGGAGAAGAACGACACCCCCCAUGAGGAAGCUCAGGGCCAAAAUCCGAAAAACGAUGACUAUGUCAGCUCUAGGCCGCCCCCUGGAUGCUGGCCUGGCGAUAUGUCGUCCUCGGAGUCGGGAUACUCCAAACCCUCUGUAGAUACCUCAGUGACCACAGUGCAGCGCAGUGGGGAUGAGAGGAGGGACGAGAUUGGGACCAGGCGUGCGCCGUCAAGCGCAAGACAAGCCCCCAAGCCAGACAAUCUGGCAAGCGAGCAUACCAAGGAUACACCGCUACCGCCGCAGCCUCAGCCCGAUACGCCAGUAGCAGAAGGGGAAGAAACACCUACAGAGUCGGACUCUGACUCAGAAUCCUCCGAGUCCGAAUCUGAUUCAGAAACAGAACAGGAGAGAGGCAGGAAGCAGCCAUGGAACCCAGUCUGUGUCAUGGGUCUCCGUGUGUACGCGCAAGAUAAAGAAGUUUCGGUCCGCCUUGCUCAAGGGGACCAGGACGCAUGA